AUGUCAUCUAACAGGAUUGAAAAUGUGAUUUGCCACAUCUGCAACAAAAUAGCACUUAAUAACUGUAUUCUCUGUGAUUUGUGCAACACAUGGUUACAUGUGUCUUGUCUCAAGAUGACUAAAAGUACUUUCAAUAAGCUUUCUCAGGAUGAAGUCCCAUGGUUUUGUAGACAAUGCAUAUAUAGAACCCUUCCAUGUACAACUCUUACUGAUAUAACAUUGAAUUCUCUAACUUUUAACUCUUGUAUAAGCGAUAAUUUCAAAGAGUGUGAUUUCUGCAACAAAAACAUAAAAUGUGUAAAUUCCACCGUAACCUGCAGCACUGGUAAACACAAAGUCCAUUUAAAGUGUGCAAAUUUAAACAAAACUAAACUUAAAAGCAUUAACAUAAAAAACUGGAUAUGUAGCAAUUGUAACUCCUUUCCUUUUAACGAUAUGGAUAGUGAACAACUUUUUAACCUAAUGUAUAACUCAUCGCUUGAUAAGUAUGACAACUCAUAUCUAAUAAAUAAAAAUCUUGAUGAUUUACUAAACCUCCCUAAAUUAGAGAUUGAACACCCUAAUAAUAUAGGUAGAGAUGAUGCCAGCUCAUCGGUUCUAAAUUUUAACUACUAUAGUCUUGAAGAUUUUCAUAAACUAACACAAUCAAAGCAACUCAAUGCUGCAUUAUCCUUCUUGCACACAAACAUACGAUCUUAUCAAAAAAACAUUUCUAAUUUGUGUGAUCUAGUUCAUACUCUAGAAUACAAAUUCGACAUCAUUGGCCUAUCAGAGGCAUGGCACUCCUCAGGUAAGGAAAUUAAUUCAAUAACACUAUCAGGUUAUCACCCAUAUGAAUUUAUCAGUGGAAAUUCUCAAAAUGCAGGAUGUGGUUUUUAUAUUAAUUCUGAACUCAAAUAUAUAGUAAGAGAUGAUCUUUCAGGAGUAGUUAACGAGAGUAAUGAGGAAUUCGAAAUAUUGUUUAUUGAGAUUUUUAAUGAUCACUCCAAAAAUAUAUUGGUAGGAGUAAUAUACAGGCACCCUAAAUGUAACACUACAGAGUUUCUGGCCCAUAUGCAAAAGUUACUUUUCUCUAUAAACAAAGAAAAUAAAAAAAUAGUAAUCAUGGGAGACUUUAACAUCAACCUUCUCCAAUUCGAAGAACAUCAAGAGCCAAAUUCAUUUUUGGAAAUAAUGUUGAGUAAUUUUUUACUUCCACACAUUAUACAACCUACUAGAAUAGCUAAAAGUUGUAAAUACACAUUAAUUGAUAACAUUUUUUACAAUGAUAUUUUAGAUGAAUGCAUCAGUGGAAACCUUAUUCCACAUAUAACAGACCACUUACCAAAUUUUUUAGCCAUUGAAGACAUUCAUACGAGUCGCGUGAAGAACAACAAAAAGGUAAGAGAUUAUACAAAAUUCAAUACAGAGGAAUUUCGAAAUGAACUUAUGGGUAUAAAUAAAAAACAAGAAUUAACUUCAAUGGAUGAUGUAAACCUAAUGUAUAAUGUAUUUCAUGAUAACUUGACAACUGUAAUAGAUAAACAUGCACCAUUGAAACCAAUGUCAAAAACUCAAUUGAAAAGAUCUGUAAAACCAUGGAUAAAUGAUCACAUGCUACUUAUGAUAAAAGAAAAGAAUCAACUCUAUGGUAUGUUUAUGAGAAGUGGCAAUAGGAACAAAAAUCAAAACACACCAACUGCUAUAAAGCAAGAUGGUAAAACAUUCACUGAUCCAAAAGACAUUGCCUCUUUGAUGAACUUAUAUUAUGCAAAUGUGGCUCCAGAAUUGGUCAAAAAAUUACCAAAAAUUUCUCCACAAGAGGUGGAAGACCACUUAUCUAAGUUGGAUCACACUAAAGCAGUUGAUGUAUAUAAUUUCCCUAUAAAAUUCAUAAAACAAAAUUGUGAUCUCCUAUCUGAACCAUUAUCUAUUAUCAUUAAUAAAUCAUUCUCUGAAGGUGUGUUUCCAGACGCAUUGAAAUAUGCAAAAGUGAUUCCUUUGUUUAAAAAUGGGACAAGGCAUGAAGCAAAAAACUAUAGACCGGUAUCGAUUCUUCCGUUAUUUGACAAAAUAAUUGAAAAAAUUAUGCAUAAAAAACUAAUGACUUUCUUGGAUCAAUACAAAAUAAUAUCUCCUUCGCAAUAUGGAUUUCAAAAAGGCAUUCGACACAGUAAACCAUACUAUACUACUAAAAAACUAGAACACUAUGGAAUUCGUGGAAUAGCUAAUAAAUGGUUCAAGUCAUAUCUAUCUGGACGGACACAAAGUGUAUCAGUUUCUAACAUUCUGUCAAGUGCAUUACAUAUUAGUUGUGGAGUUCCACAAGGUUCAAUCUUAGGACCAAUAUUAUUCUUACUUUACAUAAAUGACAUCUCUAAUGCUUCCCCUUCUUUUAAAUACACACUAUUUGCAGAUGAUACUAGUUUAUUUAUUGAUAGUAACAACAAACAAGAAUUAUUUAAAAAAACUAAUAACGAGCUAACUUCUGUCUGUGAUUGGCUUAUUGCAAAUGCUUUGAGCCUGAAUGUUACCAAAUCUAACUACUUAUUUUUUAGCAAAGAAAAACAUGUCGAUAUCCCGGAGAUCAAGUUACUAGGAAAGAACCUGACUCGUAAGAAUUCUGUCAAGUAUUUGGGAAUAAUAAUAGAUGACGAACUUUCCUGGGAUAAUCAUAUACAAUCUGUUUUAAGUAGAAUUUUACAAGGUAUUGGUAUCCUAAGGCGUCUCGGUCCUAUUCUUCCAUGCAAAUCUUUACUUUCCAUAUACUAUAGUUUAGUUUAA